AUGGACUGGGGCUGCAGAGGCCCUGCCCGAGCCACAUCAGCCGCGAGGCCCCGCUCAGCCACCUUCCAGCAGCCUGCGGCCCUACGAGGCCAAGAGGACGCGACAUCAAGGAGCAUCCAGCUUUUUUCACCUUCCCCUUCUACACGGCGAGGACGAGAAGCCAUCUUCGUCUUCAUCUCCGUCUUCGACAUCUACCGCCCCUUCCUCUACGUUGCCGCUACUCGCCCCAACCCCGCCACCGUCUUCAUCGUCAACUUCUGCUUCGUCUACGUCUACGUCAACGUCGUUGUCGUCCCGCGGUUGCCCUCGACCCUCUUCAACCGCACGCGGCGCCCACAGAAGUCGGCGGCGACCGAGACGAGGCUCGUGCAGCGCAUCACCCACCGCUUCUCGGGGCUCCACACGGCUCCCGUCAACACCUGCCGCUGGUCCUCCACACAUGGCGUCUUCAUAGCAACAGCGUCGAUGGACAAGACGAUCCGGGUGUGGGACACGUUCCCGGCGGUGAGCCAGACGCCGGGCUGCGUCGCCACGCUGCGCGACCACACCGAGGCGGUCAUGGACGUCCGAUGGAACGCCGACAACACGCGCCUCCUCUCCGGAAGCUUCGACAAGACCGCGCUACUAACCGACCUCGAGACCUGCACUCCCAUACACUCGUUCAAGCACAAAGAAAUGAUCACCACGGUCAACUGGCAUCCGGAGCAGCCAGACGUCUUCUUGGCCGGUGGGUACCGCCACGGCGUCGCGAUUGAGUGGCUGCACGGAGGGACUCAGUUCGUGACAUCGUCAGAUAUCACCAAGCGCAAUUCCAUAGACAAGUCAAUCCUUGUUUGGGACUUCAACCAUGGCACGGUGCUGUCGAACCAAGUCUACCAGGAGGCCUACACAUGUCCCUCGCUGAGGGUCCACCCCGACGGCGCCCAUUUCGUGGCCCAGUCCAACGCCGGCUACAUCGCCAUCUUCUCGUCUCAGCCGCCGUUCAAGCUCAACAAGUACAAGAGAUUCGAAGGGCACCAGGUGGAGGGCUUCCGCAUCGAGUGCGACAUUAGCCCCGAUGGCUCGCUCGUGGCCACCGGCUCUGCCGACGGCUCCCUCCACCUCUACUCGUGGUCCUCCGGGAAGCCCAUCAAGACGCUCAGCAUUCGCCGCUCUCUGCCGACCGACAUCAACGCCACGACCACCACCAACGGCGGCCUGGCAACGAACGAAGCCUGCACGCACGUCGCCUUCCAUCCGCUUCAUCCGCAGGUGAUGGCCGCGUGCGGCUGGGACGGAUCCGUGCUCCUGCUCGGCGAUCACUGA